AUGGCAGAAUCAAUGUGUAGAACUCUCCGAGACGGAUCAUUAGAAGGAGAGCAAGCACCAGCUCUCACAAUCAAAGACACUACAGCUUCUCCUUUCGGUUUCCACGUCUUUUCUCACGUGCUCUCCCAGCUCUCCUCCUUCAUUUUGGCCUCCAAAUCCCAGUCCCGUGGUUUCGUGAUUGUUGCGUUUUCACGGAGCCCGUCGUUUUACACGGAUUUACUGAAGAGAAGAGGAAUUGAUGUAAAUUCAUCUCAUAAAUGGAUUCAGAUUUUGGAUUGUUAUACGGAUCCGCUCGGUUGGAAGGAUCAGCUUAUGGGGUCGGGAAAUUUCACAGAUGUUUCAUACGAAGCUUCUUCCAGUUUGAGUAGUGUUUGUAAGGAUGUGAAGGAUUUAGACAAGUUGUACUCUUCGAUUCUUGAACUGGGGAAAGGAUUGGUUGGACAAGGAAAGGAUCGUUUCUCUGUUGCCAUAGAUUCGAUAUUAUCGUUCUUUUUGGGACGUGACCUGUGGAAACUUCCUGUGAGGUGCCAGUGUUUUCCCAACAAACCUGAUGUGGAUAGGUUUAGCCAGAGUGAAGGCAUUAUUAGGGAUUCUAUGUCUAAACAGAUUUCUAGCAUCUUUUGGUUGUUACAUUCAGACCUUCAUGAAGUCAAAGUUACAUCUGUUCUUGAAUAUUUGUCCUCUGUGGUGGCCAGUGUAGAACCACUCCAUCAAACUGCUAUUGGACACAGAGGGGAUUUGGAAAGCCUUUCUUUGUUGAAACAUAACUUUGGGAAAGGAAAGCUUCAAGUCCGAUUCAAGCGCCGAAAUGGGCGUGUUCGUGUGAUGAUGGAAGGAUUUCAUAUCGAUCAGUUAGGCAUCAGUUUUACAUCUGUUUCAUCAGAAGAUGUACUGGUUAAUCAAAGUCUUUUGCCAAAGGUGCAGUUUAAUCUAGAGUUAUCAGAGAAAGAACGGAUUGACAGGGCUAAGGUUGUACUGCCAUUUGAGCACCAAGGAACUGGUAAGCCUAUUCAAAUCUAUGAUGGUCGAAGAUCUCUUACAGAGAGCAAAACCGAGGCAACUCUUUCUUCUAGUGAGAAUUCACAAAGAACUGAGAACUCUGGUGAAGGUGAGAUAAUAUAUUUUCGUGAUUCAGAUGAUGAGAUGCCAGAUUCUGAUGAGGACCCGGAUGAUGAUUUGGAUAUCUAA